AUGAUGGAUAAAGGUUGUACUCCCUCCCCACACAGGAUCCAAAGGUGUAUCCCAGUCUUAGGUGCCUCCUCUCGUUGCAACAGCAUUCCAGGAUGUUCAGCUCGCUCACCUGGGACUGGUGGUUUAGGAUCUGUUAAUCCUAGCUUGAAAAAGAACUCCUUAUUCGUGCAAGGUUCUCCCAAACAGACUCUUCUGGCUAAAGGCAAAGGGAUUCCCAGACCUGCUUCUAGGCUUCUUUCUCCCAAAUCACCAGGGAGCCACGAUGUUCAGGUUUCAUGUCCUCCUCCCACUAGAUACCAGCCACUUCAGCAGACAGCAACUAAUGGUUUGGAACAACAGAAACUCAGCUCCAUAUCUUUUACUUUUCGUCAAAGCAACAGCAUUUCUCCAACCAGCCGGCAACUCAUUUGGCAUCCCAUGGCAAGAAAAGAAUUCCAGAAGGUAUCUUCAAAGGAGGAAACACCAGGAAGCUUCAAAAAACAGCCUUUGCCACCUCCUCAGCUGCUAUCUGGACCACAGAUCUUACCAGAGAGUACAGUUGAGUUCAUUCCUGAUCCACAAACGAACUCGUCUCUUGAAAAUGCAAUCCAGAUUUCAGAGACAGAAACACAAGAUUCAGUGAAAAAAAUAGGCUUUGAUAGCUUUCCAUCAUGUCAGGCACCUACCCGAACCAUGGGAAAGGAUCUCAUGAGUUCUAUCCUGGUCAAAGCUGUACAUGAAGCCCAGGUUUCCAUGGCCAGAAAUGGCAUUCCAAGAGUUAAACUCCGGGGCUUAUCGGGGCCUCUUAAGAUACUCCCUCCCUUUCCUCAGGAGUGUCCUGAAGAGCAAGCUGAUGUGGACCACUAUUUUAUGAAAAAUCCUACAACCGUUUCUGUGGUAAAUGCAACUGAGACAGAAUGUAAAUCCCAAAAUGGCUCAGCAGAUACCAAGUCUGAAGCAGUUAUGUCUGAACUGGUACCAGAGCCACGGCAAAAGCCAGUAGUACCAAUGAAACCUGUCAGUAUUAAUUCCAACCUAUUGGGUUACAUUGGGAUUGAUACCAUCAUAGAGCAAAUGCGGAAGAAGACCAUGAAAACUGGAUUUGACUUCAACAUCAUGGUUGUAGGCCAAAGUGGACUUGGAAAAUCAACACUUGUAAACACUCUGUUCAAAUCCCAAGUAAGCAGGAAGUCUUCAGGCUGGAACCGUGAGGAGAAGAUUCCCAAGACUGUGGAGAUCAAGGCUAUUGGGCAUGUUAUUGAAGAAUGUGGUGUCAAAAUGAAGCUGACAGUUAUUGACACCCCUGGAUUUGGUGACCAGAUCAACAAUGAAAAUUGCUGGGAGCCCAUUGAAAAAUACAUCAAUGAGCAAUAUGAAAAAUUCCUGAAGGAAGAGGUGAAUAUUGCCAGAAAGAAACGAAUCCCAGAUACAAGAGUCCACUGUUGCCUCUACUUUAUCUCUCCCACAGGGCACUCUUUGCGACCUUUGGAUAUGGAAUUUAUGAAACAUUUGAGCAAAAUGGUCAAUAUUAUUCCAGUUAUUGCCAAGGCAGACACCAUGACCCUGGAAGAAAAGAUUGAGUUCAAACAGAGGGUCCGUAAGGAACUAGAAGUCAAUGGAAUUGAAUUUUAUCCCCAGAAAGAGUUUGAUGAAGACCUUGAAGACAAAGCAGAGAAUGACAAAAUCAGGCAGGAAAGUAUGCCAUUUGCUGUGGUGGGCAGUGAUAAAGAAUAUCAAGUGAAUGGAAAAAGAGUCUUAGGGAGAAAAACACCUUGGGGAGUCAUUGAAGUGGAAAAUCUCAACCAUUGUGAAUUUGCUCUACUACGAGAUUUUGUCAUUAGGACCCACCUUCAAGACCUAAAAGAAGUCACUCACAACAUCCACUAUGAAACUUACAGGGCGAAACGAUUGAAUGACAAUGGGGGACUCCCUCCAGUGACCGUAGAGACAGAAGAAAAUCAUGAAAGCAAUUUGUGA